AUGCCUUCUGUCGACGUGACGAAAAAAGAGUUUGAAAUUAAAGACUCCAUUUCCAAGGUAAAUCCAAUAAAUUCAGCUAAUAUACUUCUAUCGACUAAGAAAGAAGGCCUUCUGACCUCAUCCUACUCGCCCCGAGUACCAAGGAGAGUAAUAUGUGUGUUCUGUGGAUCGUCAUCGGGAAAUAGCUCUGCUCAUACUGAAGCCGCUCGAUCGUUAGCCCAUACACUUCACAUUCAUAAAAUAGAUUUGAUUUAUGGCGGAGGCACGUUAGGCCUAAUGGGUGAGCUAGCCAAAACCCUAGUCUCAUUAUCUGGUCCAGAUUCUGUACAUGGAAUUAUACCAGGACCGUUUAUGAAUUUAUCUAAGAAUUCAAGAUCCUCAGAUUUGCCUGAUAUUAAUAUCUAUGGGAAUACUACUGUAGUUAAAGAUAUGCAGACCCGAAAGCAGAUGAUGGUUAAUGAAGUUUCCAUGGGAGCCUCAGGUUCUGGAUUUAUUGCACUCUCGGGCGGUUAUGGGACAUUUGAGGAAUUAAUGGAAGUCGCAACAUACCAUCAAAUAGGCAUACAUGAUAGAGGCGUCGUUAUCUAUAAUGUUGAAGGUUUUUGGAACAGUCUACUAGAGUGGAUCCGCAAUUCUCUAGAAGCUGGAUUCGUGGGUCCGAGCACAAGCAGCAUAAUCUUAGAGGCGAAGACUGCGGAGCAAUGCAUUGAGUUACUAGCGACAUAUAAAAAAUCCGAGGGCAUGUUAAAUUUAUCAUGGGAUAUUUGA